UAAUAUGAAAUUAUGUUCUGGAAAGUUAGAUCUGGUCCCUCCCCUGACUCUUAACUUGCUGUGGGUCCUGGAGCAAUUUGCUUUUCCUCUAGGGAUUUUUGUCCUCCCGCUUAUCAAAAGAGGUUGUUGGAUUGCACCAGGGCUGAGCAAUCUCCCGGCUGUUCCCCAUCAGCCUCCCCAUACCCCCACCCUGAGACUCAAAUGGGGCAAAUAAAGAUGUUUACAGGCUAGAUUAAUUUCAAUUAAAAAUGAGACUAUCUUUAUUUAGUCCUAUGAAGGAAAAUGUAUAUUCUUAAAACUCAAGAUUAACUUGUUUCAUUGACAGGAAAGAUGUUAAAUGGUUUUAGCCACUAAAAUGUUAAUAAUGGGCCUUUUGAGGAGCAGCAACGUGGAGGCCAGUUUCUAACCAUUUACCUAAAAUUACACCAUGAACCAAAUGGCAAAAGGAGACAGGCCACAGGUUAAGUAUCACUGGAUGUGGUCUCAAUAGUCUCUUAGGUCUGAUGAGUAUUUAAGUUUCUGUGUGUAUGGAGAGUGCCCCCUGGUGUAAAUCCUUGAGCUACAACAAUGUGUGUUGUCCGGUUGCUCCUGCAGAAAAAGGUUGAAGGGGUUUUGGAAUAAGACCAAAGAUCGUUUAUUAAGAAAGAAAGCAGAGAAUCACAUUUUUGGAACCUUCUGAGAGGGUGAGCCUUCCGUGAGUGGACGACUAGGGCCACCGAGUGCCUGCCAUCUCAAAGCCCAGCGCUGGGCCAGCGUGGUGCAUGGAAGCCAGGAGCCAGGCUCCCUGAAGGUGGCGGUGCCCGCUGGGGGUCAUGCCACUGGCCUUUGCCGUUCUGCUCAGCUGCCUGCUCACCUCAGGUCAGGCCAGGGUCUACAGUCACUGUGAGCUGGCCAGAGUGCUGCAGGAUUUCGGCCUGGAGGGAUACCGGGGACACAGCCUGGCUGACUGGGUCUGUCUUGCUUACUUCACGAGUGGCUUCAAUACAGCUGCUGUGGACCACGAAGCUGACGGAAGCACAAACAAUGGCAUCUUCCAGAUCAACAGCCGAAAGUGGUGCAAAAAUUUCCGCUCAAAUGAACCCAAUCUGUGCCACAUGUACUGCAGCGACUUGCUGAAUCCUAACCUUAAGAGUGCUGUUAUCUGUGCCAUGAAAAUAAGCCAGCAGCCCUUGGGCCUGGGCACCUGGGAGGCCUGGAGGCAUCACUGCCAGGGCAAGGACCUCAGCGACUGGGUUGAUGGCUGUGACAUCUGAGAUCCUGUCUGGGUGGACCAGGCCAUGCUUAUAUGGGAGAUACGGUUUGGUUCCUGACCUAGGCUUGGGAAGACAAGCCAACUAAUAAAAUGUAAUUGAAUAUAAAUGUGGCUCUCAGCUAUCAUUGUUUCCAGAUGACAUGUUGGCGUCAGAGCAUCUUAGGGUUUCUUCACCUGAGCUGGGCUUCAGGUGGGCUCUGAAACAAGCCUAUCAUGGAAGGCUUGCCUCAUUCUUGGAGGCCUGGGAUCAGUGCCUCCCUUUCCCACACCUGGCAGAAUUUCCUAGACCCUUUACCUGGAUCUAGGUUUGCCAAAUUUAGCAAAAACAAACAAAUAAUAAUAACAAAAAUGGGAUGCCUGAGUUGAUUUUGAAUUUGAGAUGCACAACAGAUGAAUUUUGCUAUAAGAAAAAUUAAAAGUUUGAUCUGAAUUAGACAAUCUUAAAUAUUGCACAGGACAUACUUAUAUUAGGAAAUGAUUUGUUGUGCUCCUGAAAUUCAGAUUUAGUUAGGUGUCCUAUUAUUUCUCUGGCAACCCUAUCUGGGUCUGGUGCGUACCUCUGGCUUGUUGGGAGGGUCCUCGGGACACUUAUUUCUGUGGCUGUGGGUUGCAGAGGGUGGCUUGUGGUGCUGUGGCCCUCCAGUUGGUGAUGGCAGAAACAACGGGGGAACCAACAGUGACUGGUGCAUGGUAACCAGCAGGGGCUUCAGUUACGGCUCUCACCUGGCUCUCCAGUGCCCUCUAGCUAUGGGAGGUCCAAGUGUCACUGAUAAGGAUGGCAGCUGUCAUAGCCUGAGUAAGGAAACUACCAUUCUUACUCCACACCAGACAACUCUGGGAGGCUGCAGGAUGGGGUGGAGGGUGCCGGAGGCUUUCAGGCAGGAAACUACAGUUAUUUGCCUUCCUCAAUAGGUGGGAGGGUCGAAGGAGGCAGUUUUGUCUCCCAUUAACCUCCAGCUCAUGCCUCAGGUCCCUUGGAAUGAACCGUGUCUAAAUGAGGAAGGUGGGCAGAGUCUCUGGAUCACCAGGGAUGU